AUGGAGCCAGAGUACGCCGGAUCCGGGUCGGACGUUGCUAAACCCGGGAUCGUCUGGAAGCAGACGGCGGGGCACGAGGAGAAGAAGGCCGCGAUUGCGGAGGAGAUGAAGAGGAUGCGCCGGUUGCCGCCCAACAGCAGCUACGCCGCUCAUCGCCUGCGUUUGCUGGACAAAAUUUACCAGCUCCUGCUCGCCAAGAGGACCAAUUCACAAGACGAGGAGUUGGAGUUGCUUUUUGCAGGGCUUCAUAUCUGA